UACGAUCCAUGCAUUUAAUAACACAACGAAACCAAGAUUGAGACUUGACACAACCAAAUUUAAUCAAACGUUUCCAACUACCAACUCACCAUGGCGUCCAUUCGAGUCAAAGUCUCGUGUGUUCCAACUCUAUCUACUUGCAUGUUCACUCUUCUCUCUGGUGAACAGAAAGAACUCAGAGAACCGGGAGACUAGUAAUAAUGGAGAUUCUUUCUAGAGCAUUUCCCUGUACGGCUUUCUUCAUUGUCCUCGUCUUCUUCAGAUUGUCUGCUGCGGUUGAUAUCAUCUCUGCUUCACAGACUCUUGCAGAUGGCGAGACCUUGAUUUCCAGACAAGGAAAAUUCGAACUGGGUUUCUUCAGUCCUGGAAGUUCCAAGAACAGGUACGUCGGAAUUUGGUACAAGAACAUCCCCGACAGGACAGUCGUCUGGGUCGCCGACCGGGAGAAUCCCAUCAACGAUUCCUCCGGCAUCCUGAAAAUAACCAACCAAUCAUCGUCACCAAAUAUUGUGCUUCUCAGCCGCAACGAUACUGUAAUUUGGUCUUCCAACUUGACGAAAGAAGUUCAGAGUAAUUCUCCAUUAGUGCUGCAACUCUUGGAUAAUGGAAACCUUGUCUUGAAAGAAGAAGAUGAUGGGAAUUCAGAGAAUUUUUUAUGGCAAAGCUUUGAUUAUCCGACUGAUACAUUGUUGCCAGAAAUGAAGCUUGGGUGGAACUUGAAGACUGGUCUAAACCGACGUUUAUCCGCCUGGAAAAACUCAGAUGAUCCAGCUCCUACAGAUUUCACUUGGGGGAUUGCGCUGCAAGAAAAUCCUGAGUCGAUCAUAUGGAAAGGCUCAAAGAAGAUUUAUCGAAGUGGUCCAUGGAAUGGAAUUGGCUUUAGUGGAGCACCCGAAUUAAGGUCUAAUCCAGUUUUUGGAUACAGUUUUGUAAAUAAUGAUGAAGAGCUUUACUACAUGUAUUAUCUCAAAGAUGAAGUUAUGUUGUCAAGGAUUGUUAUGAACCAAACAACGGGUACUCGAGAGCGAUAUACAUGGAUUCAAUCCUCGAAAACUUGGAUGGUUUACACAUUUGUACCGCGAGAUCAAUGUGAUAACUAUGGCCAAUGCGGUGCCUAUGGGAAUUGUGUCAUUGGUCAGUCACCAAUUUGUCAGUGUCUGCGUGGAUUCAGGCCUAAAGUGUCUGAAAAAUGGGACAUAAUGGAUUGGUCGCAAGGGUGUGUUCGAAAGAGGCCACUGGAUUGCAAGAAUGGUGAUGGGUUUGUCAAGUUUGAUGGGUUGAAGUUACCAGAUGCUAUGAAUUCUUUUGUUUACCCAAGUAUGAACCUGAAAGAAUGCAGGGCAAAAUGCUUACAGAAUUGUUCUUGUACGGCUUACACAACUGCGAAUAUCAGCGGACAUGGUUCUGGCUGCACUAUGUGGUUUGGUGAGCUAAUUGAUUUCAAGCAGUUUGCAAAUGGAGGACAGGAUCUGCAUAUCAGGAUGUCGGCUUUGGAUUCAGCACGGGACGGGAAGAAGAUUACAGCAAUAGUAAUUGUUUCAGUUAUAAUCAUAAUUGCUGGGAUAAUUGGAAUUGUCUAUUAUCUUCACAAAUUCAAGAAAUACUCAAAAGUUUCAAUCUACCAUCUAAUUAUUUCAGAUAAGGGUAAGACAGAGAAGAUUGAAGAAAAUGAUCAGGAAACUCGAGACCGAAAAGAAGACAUGGAGCUUCCAUUAUUUAACCUGGACACUCUAGUUACUGCUACUAAUGACUUCUCAAUGGAUCACAAGCUAGGAGAAGGUGGCUUCGGACCCGUGUACAAGGGUAUGCUAGUAGACGGACGAGAAAUUGCUGUGAAAAGGCUCUCGAGGAGCUCCGGUCAGGGACUAAACGAGUUCAAAAAUGAGGUAAAACUGAUUGCCAAACUUCAACAUCGAAACUUGGUGAAGCUUCUUGGAUGCUGUAUUCAAGGGGAUGAGAAAAUGCUGAUCUAUGAAUACAUGCCCAACAAAAGCCUGGAUUCUUUCAUUUUCGAUAAAACAAAAGGCAAGUUAUUGGAUUGGUCCUGGCGUUUUCAAAUAAUCUGUGGCAUUGCUAGAGGACUUCUCUACCUCCAUCAAGAUUCGAGAUUGAGGAUCAUCCAUAGAGAUCUGAAAGCAAGUAAUAUUUUACUCGACAAGGAGAUGAACCCAAAAAUUUCAGAUUUUGGCUUGGCUAGAACUUUUGGUGGAGACCAAAGUGAAGGAAGUACAAAAAGAGUUGUCGGCACCUAUGGUUAUAUGGCACCAGAAUAUGCUGCUGAUGGGUUGUUCUCAGUGAAAUCUGAUGUUUUUAGCUUUGGUGUACUAUUGCUUGAAAUCAUAAGUGGAAGGAAAAAUAGAGGGUUUUAUCAUUCAAACCAUAGUCAUAACCUUAUUGGACAUGCAUGGAAACUGUGGAAAGAAGGCAAGCCUUUGGAAUUAAUUGAUGAGGUGUUAGGAGAAACCUGCAAUUUCACUGAAGUGACUAGAUGCAUAAACAUUAGCUUGUUAUGUGUGCAGCAGCAUCCUGAGGAUAGGCCAAACAUGGCUUCUGUGGUACUGAUGUUAGGCAGUCAAACUGAAUUGGCUCAGCCUCAGCAACCCAGUUUCCUUGUGGAGAAGAGUAUUGUUGGAUCAGAUUAUUCUUCGGGCAAGCAACAAGACUUUUCUUCGACAAAUGAAAUUACUGUCACACUUUUGACCCCACGAUAGAGAACUCUCGUAAAAAAAAUUGGCUUCCCUGAUUAUGCAGAUAAUCUCUUUGUUAAUUUGCAUGUAUAACCAAUAAGGUUUAUUUCUGGUGAUUAGUUUUUCUUUCUUUACAUUUUAUUGCUGAUGUUAAGAAUUGGGGAAAUGGGAGAAGGAAUGGUAAUAUAUGUUGUAUUGAGCUAAUUAGAAGUAUGUCACUUUUUGCUACAAGUGUAUCUUAGAUCUCACAGGAUUAAAUACAUAUGUAUUGAGGAGCAUCCCUUUCCUCCAGCGCUCUAUACAUAUGUAUAUUUUGGUGUCUCUGAGGCUCGAGUUAGAGAAGGAGAGAAAAACAUUAUAAUUUGCAGAAUCAUUCACAAUGAAACUAAA